CUCAGACUGAACCCUUCAUGCCAGCCUCAUGCAGCCAUCUAUUUUGUAUUUUUAACUCAAUCACAAACAUAAUCUAAAUGAUAAAAAUGAGACAAAGAGAAAAUCCUCGGGAUGUUAAUUUCCAUCAGUUGUUGUCAACAUUUGAAGUCGUUGCUUUCUUUCACCAAUAUAGCAUACUGCUGGAUCCAAGAAAAUAAUCGUAUCGCGUCAGAAGCGUCUGCGACGGGGGACCAAAGAGGAGGACGUGGAAUUUGAUACAGAGAGGGUCUUUUUUAAAAUGGUGCUGUUAGGGUUGUUGGACAAUGCGAUGGUAAAAUAUAUUGUUCUUAUGUUUAGUUUGGCGUUGAUCUCUGAGUUUGUGGGAGCUCACAAUGACACGGAGCCUAUAGUCCUGGAGGGCAAAUGUCUUGUGGUUUGCGACUCUAAUCCGACUACGGAUUGGAAGGGCUCGUCCUCUCCUCUAGGCAUUUCGGUGCGCGCGGCAAACUCCAAGGUGGCUUUUUCUGCGGUCCGGAGCAACAAUCACGAACCGUCGGAGAUGAGUAAUAAAACAAGAAUCAUUUACUUCGACCAAGUUCUUGUGAAUAUAGGCAACUAUUUCACUUUGGAGUCUGUGUUUUUGUCACCCAGAAAAGGGAUCUACAGUUUUAAUUUUCAUGUUAUAAAAGUGUACCAGAGUCAGACUAUACAGGUGAACUUAAUGUUGAAUGGGAAACCUGUCAUCUCAGCUUUUGCGGGUGACAAAGACGUAACUCGAGAGGCAGCCACCAAUGGAGUUCUGCUCUUUUUGGAUAAAGAGGACAAGGUCUACCUUAAACUGGAGAAGGGAAAUCUAGUUGGCGGAUGGCAAUAUUCUACAUUCUCUGGUUUCCUUGUUUUCCCACUGUAAAAAAAUAAGAAGAAAGCCCCACCGUUCAAAUGACUCUAUCAACAAUGUACUGUCACUGUAUAAUCAAAACAUUUCUACAUCAGUUGGAUCUAGCCAAAGGAUGGAUAAUAUCAUGUUCCGUGUUCAUGGAUUACAACAGAGAGAAGAAAAGAGACAUUGAAAAGCUUUGAUGUUUUAUGGAAAUGGGAAUCCCUCUGAAAUGCAAUACUGCUCAAAAAAACUACUUCAACAGACGAACAUGCGUUCACAGCAAUUCUUCACACACAAACGUAAUAGUCGCAGAAUAUGUUUAGCAUAGCAUCUUUUGAAAUUCGUUUUUUCUUAGCAAGUGUGGCAUACAUGGUAUUUAGCAGUGACAGAUCCUGUGUCAUCUGAUUAUACAAAAAGCUGUGAUUGAGUAGGACUGCAUAGAAGACCCAGGUCGUUUCAGACAGCACAUCACCAGUUUGUUUUGUCUGGCCAUUCCCAUGUGUAUCUCAUUGCUAGACCAGCUCUGGCCACUAAACAAUCGGCUGUCUGAACCAUAAUGGAGCAACGAACUUGUUUCUGUAGGUGUGAGAAACACUUUUUGGUGUGUUAGGGAAUUACUGACAAAUUGGGGUACAAUGUGCCCAACGUUUGCAGACAGAUGAACACAAUGCAGUUUAAUUGCAGGCAUAGCCUUUAGCCUUGUAUACAUAUAUACACAGUAUUUUAUAAGUCUAAACAGAUGUUGUAGAUGCAAUAUUUUAAUUUGAACUGAGAAGCAAUGGAAGCUCAAGUUGAUGCUCAAGAGUUGGAAACUGCAUUAGUUAUGGUCUUUUGAUGUCACUAUUGACCUCCCUCAUCACAGCCUAUGCUGCUGGCCAUGUCUAUACCUGUCUGUGGUCAGUCACAUGUCAUGUGUUUGUUUGAACUUCGACCUAUGGGUACACCCGUGGAGUCAUGUGCAAUGCUUCAUUGAAGAGAUCACAAUGGCAUAUGUUAACACUUUUUAAAAACAUUUUAUGCACAUUAAUUUAUUGAAUAUUUACACAUUAAUUCAUUUAUAAUAGCUUGGUGAAUUUAAAUGCUUAUUUAAGUGAAUGACCAAAUUUGGCAUUUUACAUCCAAUGAUUUCAAUUUGUUAUGUUAUCAAUGACUGCCACAUGACCUGUGGCACCUGCAAAGUAUCUGAGAUUCCUUCUUACCAUUUGUAUACAGCCGGUGCAUUCUCACAAUAUUUUAAACAUUUGGGAGAUUUGGAAAGGGAAUUAUUCUAGCCAAUCUAUCAGCAGAUGAAAUGUAAAAGAAAUAAGGUGUGCGUGAAACAACUGGAGACAAUUUCUACACAAACUUAAUCUCACUCACAUUCUUGAACCUUUCCCCUUGAAUACAAUUAGGGAAAGAAUCUAGCUAGCCAUUUAGCAUUUAUGGAGCAGCUGUGGUGUUCACUCUUGACCU